AUGACUUUUCUGUCGCUUGCUGACUCGACUUUUACUCCGCUGUCCAUGACUAGCACCAACAGCGACCUCUACAUCGGCAGUUUUGGCGACGAAGACUUGGACAAGUACAACUACAAUUACAACGACUCUGACGAAGAAGAAGAAGAAGAAGACGACGGCGACGACGACGACGACGACGACAAGAAGGAUCAUGGCGCAGCGCAGUCGCCCAGCCACAGCAAGAGUAAGAGCAAGAGCAAGAGCAUCACCACUAUCACCACUAUCACCACUAUCACCAGUGAGGAUCAACAGCCACAGCACCAGCCUCAGCGACAUCACACAGCAGCAUCAACAUCAGCAUCAGCAUCAGCAUCAGCGUCGACUUUGGCAAGGUGGUCAAGGCGACGAAGCCUGCUGAAAUCGUCAUCCGCUUCGGGACUGGGAAUGGGACUGGGCGGCGGCGGCGGCGGCGGUGGUGGUGGUGCAGCAUUGACAGCAACAGCCACACCCACGACCAGCAAAAUGGCCACCCACACCCAAUCGCUGCACCCGCCAACACGAGCACGAGCACCAGCACCAGCCGCAGCCACAGAAACAGGACCAGGACCAGGAACAGGAACUGGAAUAGAAACUGGACCUGGAUCUGGGAAUGGAUACGGGCUGCUGCUGGCAAAUUCGCCCACCCCGGACAGCGACAGCGACAGCGACAGCGACAACAAUAUCGCCAAUGAUAAUAAUAAUAACCACAAUAAUAAUACUAACAGCGAGAAACGGCCACUGAAUCGCAGUAGUCAUCACGAUGCUCACACAAUAACCCCGAGCUCUUCUGUUAGUCCGGCAAUUGACAAGUCUCUUUCGCUGGCCGGCGCCGACAUUACUACGGACGACGACAUCGAGGAGAAGAACGCUGCGAGAAAUAGGAACAGGGCCUCUCCUCCGGCGCGAGCGAGCAGCAGCACAAGCCACAGCCCCAUCCACGACAGGAGUAAUGCUAAUGCCCACGAGGAAUCUGAAGAAGCGACCCAGACCCAACUCCAAGACAGUCUCGGACUAGCGAGACAUGACCACAUUGCAGACACACACAAGACACCCAAACACACCAAGCCACAUCCACAUCCACAUCCACAUCUAAGCACCCAUCCUCCGAGUCCCUCCAAUUCCAGAGCGCCGCAACCCGUCGCCGCCUCAUCCUCCUCCCCCGAAUUGAUUCGGCCCAAAUUCGUACGAAAGUCUCUACCCCCGUCCGUGACAUCGCCGACUUCGACAGCAACCUCAUCAUCAUCAUCACCACCGCUGCCACAGCUGUCUUCCGCGGGCCCGUCCCCCAUCCAAUCACGGAGGCACUCUCCUACCAUCAUCCGCACCGCCUCCGUCAGCUCUGUCCUCCGACAUCCCGUUCCGGACCUCAACACGCGCUCCGGCGCGUACACGGGCAACAUUGCCGCCCUCGAGGCCACCGCCGAGCGCCUGUCCAUGACCAGCAGCAUCGAGGACGCCAUCCGCAACGCCCACGACGAGCUCAAACGAAGCGACAGCCGACGCUCCUCUAUCCUCGCCUCCAGCGUCCGCAGCGUGAGCGGUGAGCACACUAUCGAGGGCCUCGAUAAGAUCCCCCCGCCGCCGUCCAUUCGCCAGAGUUCGAUCCUCGAGCUCAACAACGCUGCACGCCUCGGCGGAUACAGCCCGGCUGGGUUCGUGAUGAGCCCGAACCACUCGCUGAGCAGCCGCCUGAGAAGUGGCAGCAAGAGCAGUGCCGGACCGUUAUCCCGACAUAGCAGCACGAAGAGCAGGCCCGGCGAGACGGUCGAAGGCGACGCAUUCCCCUUCCUGUCGAGGGCAGGGCCAGGCAAAGGAUCGGUGCACAGCGUGCACAGCGUACACAGCGUACACAGUGCCCGGUCCGCUCAAUUGUCACUCGCCGAGAUCGCUGAGAUGGAGCCACCCACCUCUCUAACACAGGAGGCCAUGGAGGCCGCAGAUCAUGCUGCUUGGAGCGGUCCAGACGUCGAGGACGAGGAGACCAUCCGCAUCAACGCUCUUCAACAUGUCGAGCCCGGCGCGACAGACAUCGAGGUGGAUAUGGACCUUACGCCCAACGCCGACACCGAGGCAAGACAACCGAUGCUUGAUCAUGCGUUGGAUUCAUAUUGGAAUGACGAGCCAUCGCCACAAUUACAGCUACGGAAUCCCGAAAACCCCGUACCCCAUCGAGACGAAUAUCAACCGCCCACCGAGCAACGACCGGCUUCGGCAGGCUCACACGGCACAUACGAGCAGACGAAUGCAUUUGAUGAUUUCGACGGUGUCCAUUGCGACCCUGACACGGUGGCCGAACAAUUUCCCUUUCACCCGGAGGAGGCUCAAUUUCCUCCCCCGGUACAGCGACAAUCACGACCCAUCUCCCAGCUGCCUCCGAGGCCGAAAUCCUACUUCGAUACCGAGACGGGCCAGCAAAUGCUGUACUAUCCUGCCCGUGUACCUGCGAUGCUAAAUCUGCCGCGGAAACUAGGCAAGGGACCACGAGCUCCUGCGAGGAAUGUACGCCGCAGCCAAAUCCUGAGCGCCAUGCCCGAGGCGUCGCGUGAGUCCCGUGUGUGGCUGCCAGACCCGCUAGAAGGGCAGAUGGGCAGCCCGCUGAUGGACGAGCGCCAUUCCACGAGCUCGCGAGGGCCUGCGUCCGGGUCGGUCGAGCAGUUCCCUCAGAUGCCGGAGCCUGCCGUCCAGGACGUGCCGGGUCCCACUGUGCAGGAUGAACAGCCGCCCGAGCUGCAGCAUCUUCGUCGGCCUGCCAAGCUCACGGAUGCCGACAGGCGGAAGUCGCGCAUGUCAGCCAUGCCCGAGCUCCCGCCUCAGCUCCGUGCCAGCGCCUUCUUCGACCUGCCGUCUGCUCCGGCGCCCAAGAUCGAGAUCAAGGACGGCUCUGCGAUGGCUACGCUGGACAGCAUUCUUGACGCGGCUGCUUCAGCGCCUGUCAGUGCUUUUACUGACCACGCGUUCGCCGGUAAACUUGGCUCGGAAGUGUACGGCCCAGUCAAGCAGAAGAAGAACCGGCAGAGUCAAAUGCCCGGCGGCAACAACAGUGACAAGGGCCACAAGGCUCGUGCGAGCACGGCUACCGCGCUCGGCGUCCCCGAGGUUGAGAAGCGCAAGUCCAUGUGGUCUCUGCUUCCCGGUCGUCGUGUCAGCGAUGCCGCCACCGUCGAGGGCGGGCGCAGCACAGUGAUGCUCGUUGACGAAGAGCGCCAGCGCCUAUCUGGUGAGCGGUCGCCGCUCUCUGAGGGCGGAGCAGCCUUAGCCCCUGACGAAGAUGAGGCUGAUUCAGCUUCGUCUGAGGAGGAAGAAGAGGAGGCAUACCAAGGGGCUCCGACGACGUUGCUUGCCGAAUUGCAGCUGCGCAAACAGCAACAGAAGAUGCGGACUCGCCCUGUGCACAAGGCAUUCCCCAACGGAAUGCACUCUACCCUGCUCGAGCUCGACGCCGUAGCUCAAAUCGAGGCUAAGCAACGACGAGGCAAGAAGGUGAACCUGGCCUGGGAAGACCCAGACAUGAACCCCGACGCACAGGAGGAAGACGACGAGGACGUCCCGCUCGGCAUGCUGGUCGCCAAGAAGCAAGCCGGCAACGGAGACAUCAGCGCCGUGGCCGCCGAGCUCAACAGGCCCCUCGGCCUGAUGGAGCGCCGCGAGAUGGAGGAGAACGAGCCGUUGAGCCGCCGUCGUGACAGGCUGCAGGGCAAGGAAGUCCCCGUCAGUAUGUACCUGAACCCCGCCGUCGCUGGCGGGCCUACGCGCCAGAGCGUGCUCAACCUCGCGCCGAGCAUGUCUGCGCUAAACCUGAACCAACGCGGUCUGCCGAGCCCGCGCCUUGUGGAGCUUGACGACGACGAUGUGGAGGGCGAGACGCUGGGUGAGCGCAUGAGGCGGCUAAGGGCCAAGGACGAAGCAGAGAACCCGCUCCCGCGCACUCGCCCCGUUAGCAUGACCUUCUCGGCUGAACUCCUGAGCCAAUUCGGCGGCGACGAUGAUGACGCGAAGAGCAAGGCGGAGAUCAAGGGCAAGGCCAAGGUAAUCACUGGGCCGCCGGAGGAACAAGAGACUCUCGGCCAGCGCCGUCGCCGUCUGCAAGCCGAGCGCGAAGCGCGCGAACGGGAGAUGGCUGCCGGUGGAGGCGCGGCCGUCAACGUAGGCGCGCUGAACGCUCUCAAUGGCAACGGUCCCGAAGGCCGUCUUACUCGUCGCCUUAGCCUCGCCGAUGUGCUUUCCGCCAACCCUCUCGACUCGGCGCGCGGCGCCAUGGAUCCCCGGGAGCAAGAGCGUCUCCGGCGCGAGGAAGAGGCUGCCCGGGCGCAGAAGCUCAAGGACGAGCAGAUGCGGCUUUAUCGGUCACAGAUGCCUUCCACGCUACGCGAUCCCACUUCCGGCAUGAACAAGGCCGGCGGGUAUCUUGGUGGACGCUUCAACGAUGGCAAUGCAGGCGGCGGCGGUGUUGGGCUGGGGCUCGGGCUGCGUUCCAGCGCAAGCAUGGGUACGUUGAACGGUCAGAUGAGAGGCGCGUCACAUAGCUAUUAUUCCCAGGCUCAGGGGCAGCAACAUCAGCAGUAUGCCUACGGCGGCGUGCCUCAGCAGCAAUAUCCCCAGCAACAACACCAGCAGCCGACGAUGAACAUGGGCAUGGGCGGAUAUACCCAUCCCUACGGCACGAUGACCAUGACGGGUGCGUAUGGCAAUGGCUAUGCGGGCGGGAUGCCCAUGCCGAUGCAAAUGCCGAUGCAGAUGGGCGGCAUGGGAAUGGGCAUGCAGCAUACGCAGGGCCAGUUGGAUAUGGUCGAGCGUUGGAGACAGAGCAUCAUGCCCUAG